GAGGGAGGUUCUGAGUAGAAACAGAGCGUCCAAUGUUUCAUAUUACACUCCUCGGCUGGGGGAGAAAAAAAAGAGUAGAAGAAGAAGAGGAGGAGGAGGAAACCUGGGGCUUCUUUUCUUCAGAGGCAUUUAACUGGGAGUUUAUGGAGGCUGCAGCCGUGGAAAAUGAAGAUCUCCUCUGUGAUCUUCGCUCUCCUGACUCGAGCACUGCUUGGAGAAUUGUGUUUGGCCGUCAACGUCACCAUCACCCCUUCCCCCUUCACAGUGGCUCAGGAGGGUCAAAAUAUCACACUCUCCUGUGUCGUGUCCCAGCGGCGCCGCAAUGCUGCUCUGCCAGUAGUGAAAUGGACCUUCCUGCCAGCAGGCACAGACCGGCCAGAGGACGAACUCCUCAUCGCCCGCGUCAACAUGAGGAAGGCCCGUUUUUAUGGCAACUACACAAAGAGUUUCCCUUGGCCCAAACUGAAGCUGACGGUGGUGAAGCAGGGGAAGAUCUUUGACCUGCUGAUCUUGAAUGUGUCUGAGGGGGACCGGGGGCUCUACAUGUGCCGGGUGCAGGAGUUUAAAAAGCACCAGGACCGCUGGAAGGCCUCAUCGAACUGCACCGCCGCUACUGAGCUCAGAGUGCAUGUCCUACCGGUCACCAAGGCCAAAGAAAGCCUGUGGAGCUUGUUUGAAGAUGUGUACCUGUGUGCAGUGCUGAUCUGCUCAGUGGGUCUGCUGUGUAUGUGCAUGUUCACGGUGACGGUAACCUGCCAGUACAUACAGAGGAAGCAGAGGUUAAAAGAUAAUUACCACUUGGUCAAAAGUCAGCAGAACAGCUCAGGAGAGACAGUCACCAGUGUGGUCAGUAUGUCUCCUGCUCUGCCUAAGAAAGAGAGGAGGUACAGGAAGAAAAGGAGCAGAGACUAUCAGGAGGAGAUACCACCAGAGAUACCAGCCAAAGCUCCCAUUGGAGACAAAACACGGAAACCCAAACUUUUAAAACCGCAACCAAGGAAAGUAGUGUUGCCCAAGAUAGUGGAAGAGAAUCUGACCUACGCAGAGCUGGAUCUGGUGAAGCCAAUUCCAGAAGCAAAAGCGUCGUGUAGCGGCACUGUGUACGCUCAGAUACUGUUUGGGGAGCAGCAGCUAUGAGAGAAACACACACACCACUAGUAACCCUGCCUUAUGUAAAAAGUAUUGUCUAUUUAUAGUCUGUAUUAUUUUGUAUUAAGAUGAUUUGUGAAGGGCAAAAUGUGUAAUGUCUCACAAUUAUUGUACAUAUAAUUUUAUAUAUUCUUUGAUAUAACUUACUUUUAUGAGACCAAGAUGCAGAAGGGAAUGUGUUGUAUACUGGAGUAUUUCAUGAGGAAUCUUUCUUUUGCACCCAUGUUUGAAUCCUGUGUAGUUUAAACUGGGAACACAAUAGAAGACUGUGGUGCUGGUUUAGACCAGAUUUGUCCAUCAUUACAAUUGUAGAAGAGAUUGGAGAUUUGAAUUUACAGGUUAAUCUGAGCCUUCCAGUUCAUAUCAAACAGGUUCCAAGUUGAAGUGCGAUAGAUAGUUGGUAUCGCUCUAAUGUCUGUGUGUUAAGUACGGACCCAGAAACAGGAGGUGAAUAGCUUAGCUUAGCAUAAAGAGUCAAAGCAGGGGAAAACAGCUAGCCUGACUCUAGCUAGCUAGCUGGCUAACAUAGCUAGGGGAAGUUAUGUGCUAUCACUGCUCCUUGACGAAUGUCUUCUGGUUCUUUGCCACAAACAGACGUAUGUACACGUAACUCGAUGUAAAACCACAAACAAGAUGCAACCUGUUAAUUAUUGUGUUAACUGGUGAGUCCUGGAGGUGUUGAUAGGUUUAUUAUUGAACUAUGAAGAAAACCAGAAUAGCUGUUUUCCCCUGCUUGGGACUUUCCCCAGCUAAGCUAAUUGCCUCCGGACUUUAGCAUAAUGUAGACAUGAAAAUGAGAAUAUCAAUAUUCUUAUCUAAGCUGUUUAUCAAAAUGUCAAUCAUCACUUUUAAAUUCAUAAAUACACACUAUUCUUGAUGCUGACACUUGAUGUGUAAGCAACAAAAUGUCAUGUGAUAUUCUGGUCCCUGUGAAAACUUUUGACAUUUCUUAAAUCAGCCAGUAAAUUCACUUACACAGUGAAUUAUGGGAACCCCCAUCUAGAGAAGCAGAUUAACAAAGGUGAGACAAAAAAAAUAAACACAUCCGCUUUUACUGGAUUUGAAUCAAUGCAUUUUCAAAUGUGAUUUACCUCUAGUGUGUUCCCAGCAUUGUCUGCCUCACAACAUCUGUGUUCAGUCUGUUUUUUUGUGUCAGGCCGCAGUUUACAAUGACCACAGCUCCACAGAGGUGAUAUUAAAGUAGCGAUUAGCCCUCCGACCUCCCCCCACAGGCGAGACCAUGCGAGCCCUUUCAUCUGGUGCCAACAUCAACUUAACAGGCUGUUGGCGACACACACACAAACAUAUAUACAUACAUACAAGGGUGGAGUUACAUGUAGGCUAAACACCCUUCAAACAUACAAAGGCACAUAAUAUAAAUCCAGAAGGCUGUAAACAACUGUGACACCUGAUCUACAUACAGGGGCAAACUAACAUCUGUGUCGACUAUUUCAACUUAAUGUAAGUCAUAGUUUACUUUGAAUGAAGUUUAUUUUGUUGUUUGAGAUGAGAUAAGAGCUAGAAGCCAUAUCAGUUGUAAUCCUGCAUAACUUCAUACGGUCUCCUUGCUUUCUCACUUUUCGUGAAUCUGAGUGUGAAAGUGCUUAGGCCUCUUUUUCCAUUUAAUGAUCCUCUGGAUUCAGGCAUGGAAAAGCAAAGGAGAGUUUUUUAAACAGUGAACUUGAAACCCAGACAGAAAGGCACCGGAUCCCUCCCUUCCCCCAAGACUCCCACUAUCUUGCGUGGAGUUAUCCAUGAAGAUUGGAGUAGUGGUGGAAGAAGCACUCAGAUAUUUUACUUAAGCACCAAUACAACAAUGUUAAAGUACCUCAUUACACAUAAAAUGAUUUUCCUUAAGUAAUAGUACAGAAGUAUUAUCAGCACAGUGUAAAGUCUCAAAGUGAAAGUACUCGCUCCACAGAAGAUUAGCUCCUUAGCGUGUUAUAUUAUUAUAUAUUACAUUAUUAGUUAUUUUUACUGAUGCAUCAGUGUGUAAGAAGUGUUUUACUUUUGCAUCACUUUGGUAGAUUAGUUCAGUGGUUUCCAACCUAGGACUCAGGCCCCUCCAAAGGGCCACCAGAUAAAUCUAAGGGAUCCUGGGUUGAUUCAUGGGAGACAAAGGAAGGAAAAACAAAGCUCUCAUACAAAAUCUGUUUUCCUUUUUUAGGGACUUGAAUACAUUUUGGGGUUCUUUGGAUAAGUUUUUCAGGCCUCAAACUGUUAAUGAAAUCAAAGUUAAAGGGGAAAAGUCACAUUUGUAGACAUGAUAACAACUCAUUCACAUCUGAAACAUGACAAGAGGACAGACUUUCUCUAAGAGAUUUCAGAAAACUUUGGGAACCACUGGUAUAUUCUUUAUAAUGUGUUUCAUAAGCUUAUUAAAUGUUUCUUAUGUAAAAUCUUUAAUUUGUUAACUAAUAAUUAUAACUGCAGGAUACAUACAGUUGGAUAACAAGUAUAAAAUUUCCCUCUAAAAUGUGUUUGAGUAGAAGUAUUAAAGGUGGGGUCCGUCAUUUUGGAAAAAGAUAGUUGAUUGUUGAGUCUCAUCCCCAGGUUGUCAAAUACCGAUGCUUUGGGUUAUGGUUAAUGGAAAACAAACAGGUCUUCAAAUACCAGAGCUUUGAAUGACUGCUGUCACCUUUAAGUACUGUAGCAGACAAUUCAAGUACUCAAAGUACUUCAGAACUGUACAGUACUUGAGUAAAUGUACUUAGUUAUUUCCCACCACUGAGAUGGAGCCCUUCACAAAUACAAGUCUCACUAACCGCUGCAUGCCUGCUGAAGUCCUUGUUUUGCCCCCUUUUCGUCAAAUGUUAGCUAAACCAGCUAUUUAUCUAUUGUAGCACAAAAGGUACAACUUCCAAUAUGGCUGCCAGCCAGGGGCCGUAUCACUUGAAAAAUCCCAACAAAGUUCAAUUCAAGACAGAUAUUUCUAGCUGUUACCACAAAUUUAUAACCUAUUUUUAAAGCAAGCUGGUGGUUGUGGACUUUGACAUUCUUUGUUCUCUUGCCUAUAUAUUACAUUUCAAUUCAAACCACUAUCAACCUCCAUUUGUCACCAUUCCAGUUUUCCAUUGUUGUUCUCUUACGUAUAUUUCAUUUGCACAGUGUGUAUUAUCCAUAUGAAAUGACUGAAAGUGACCUUUUAGUGGCAGGCAGAAGUGUCUUAAAAAUGCCCUUAAACUGUGAAAUGUAAAGUUUGUUCCAGACCACAUUGUCCUUAAUGGGAGUCCGCUAACUAGAACCAUGUGUGUGAAUUGUGCCUCUCUGCUCACUCCCUCUCUCUUUUCUCUCUCUCUGCCCACCACUGACCUCUGCAUUCAUCAACAUUCCAGCAUUUCUGCUUUUGUUCAUUUCAUCUGUAAACUGUGUAUCAGUAAGUGAAAUAAAUAUAGAAGUGGAUGCAGUAUGCUGCCA